GAACGAGAAGCUCUGGGCGCAUUGGAACGAUGGGUUCAAUCAUGAUGCAGACACGAUUGAGGGUCAAUAAAACAGUCCUUCUCAUUGUUUCAAUCGUUCCUAUAGCAGCUAUAUGAUAGAACCCUCGCAGCCAUGGCCAAUUCAUUUGCUUGUAGCUGUGUAGUUGAAUGUAAAGCCAUGCAGCUGGUGGUUGAUUUGCUAAUUAUUUGUAUGCUACCCACCAUGCUGUUGGCACGGCUCAAGGAACCUCGCCACGUUGCUGCUCACGACGGCUUUCACAACAUCAAGCACGAGCCUCGAUGGGCGCAUUGGAACGAACGCGUGAAGGCGCAUCAUCUCCGCAAAGAAAGGCAAAACAGAGAAGGCAGAACCUCUACUUGAGAGAACAUCAUACAUAAUCGGUUUCAUAUUAUUUCUUGAUAACAGUGUUAAUAAAUAGCAUUGUAAUCCAAA